UUUGUCCGCCAUUUUGAGCAGUGCGAGAGGUUUGAAAUCUCGUUAUUACACGCCAUUCCCAACUAGCUUGAUCGCUAUAUCAACUAGGAAGCGGACUAAACCGGUAGGUGACAAUCAUUCAGAGAGGAAGGUCACACUGUCAGGACGAGCCAUCACCAUGCCACGUAAAAAGCUACGACAUGGCGGCCAGUUCAAGGCCAAAAACACGCCAUGGAACAAGGGAUUGAAGUUUGAAAAGGACGAAGGUACACGUCCCACCUACUUACGACCUACAGAGGAUGAUUUCGCACUGCUUGAGGAGAGAGACAGGCAGGGUAAUGCCAACAUUUGCAAGAGAGAUGUCAUCCGGGAGGAGAGAAGGCCCAUGCUGCUCCGUCCUACUCGUAGCAAGGCAACUUGUGGUCAGAUGGCCCCCUACAUGGAGGAUGGUCCAGGAGAAGACGGGGAUCAGGUGGUGGGAUAUAGGAUCUGGCAUGCAGGGCUAGCUGUCAAGGCAUGUGCGAAGGCACAGAGAGAGCAUGACAGCCAAGAGGGUGUACUCUGUAAGGAGCUGCUGGUCAGGGCGUCUUCCAGUGGUGAAGAAAUGGAAGACACUUUUAAGGAGGUGACCAUCAGUCGUCUAGGAAACGGACCGAACGACACAACGGCUGUGAAGAAAGAGGAGGGAGAGGAUGCGGAAAUUGCAUGCACGGAAACGAGUGAAAUGGGAGACCCUUUUAGGUGGGAGGUUGUUACCAGUCAUCUAGAAAACGGUCCAAACGACACGAAGCAAGACACACUAGAUGUGAAGAAAGAGGAGGUCGAGGAUGCGGAAAUUACAUUCGCGGAAAUGAGUCUUGCGAGCGGCACCCCAAACGACAGGGAUGCACCAUCGCAUCCAGAUGUACGGGCCCUCUCGGGACAGAUAGGUGAGCAUGGAGACAAACACACCGUAGACUCAACCUACGUUUGCGAAGACUGUGGAUAUAGGACAGCUACAUUGAUUGGCCUAUCCCGACAUAUGAGAAAGCAUACAGGUGAAAAACCCUACAGUAACCAGUCUGACUUUUCUACUGCUUGCAGAACCAGUCCAAACGGGCACAUGCGUACGCACAAUGGUGGUAAGACCUACAUGUGUGGGAAGUGCGGGUACAGGGCGACUAAGAAAAGUUCUCUAAUGCAACAUAUGAGAAAACACACUAGAGGUAAACCAUACAAGUGCGACCAGUGCGACUAUUCAGCUAAAUACAAAAGAAGUUUGGAUCAUCACAAGAAGUACACCACCUGUAGUAACAAACCCUACAAGUGUGGGGAUUGUGGUUACAUGGCUUCGCAGAUGUCUGAUUUAUUUCGACAUGUGGCGAUCCACACUGCAGAAACUGGACCGAUCGACAAAGAGGACCACACAACAGAAAUGGGGAACCAGAAGGUCGAGGAUGCGGACAUUGCAUUCGCGGAAACGAGUGGUGCGGACAGUACCCCAAACGACAGAGAUACGCCAUCACACCCACAUACACUGGUUCGUGCGAGUCAGAUGCGCAACCUUGAAGAAAAUAGUCCAUACGUUUGCGAGGAGUGUGGUUACAGGACAGCCAAUAAGCAACACCUAUCCCGACACAUGAAGCUGCAUAGUGGUAAAAAAGUCUCCAACUACAUGUGUAGCGAGUGUGGGUACGGGCCGGCUGCAAAGUCCACACUAUCCAUACAUAUGAGAACGCAUACGAGUGAAAGACCCUACAGAUGCUACCAGUGCAACUACUCUGCAAGGAGUAAAUCUCAUCUAGACAAGCACAUCAAAACGCACACUGGCGAGAAACCCUACAUGUGUGGGGAGUGCGGGUACAGGGCCACUCAAAUGUCAACUCUACGUAAUCAUAUGAAAAAGCACACUGGUGAGAAACCUUACAAAUGUGAUCUGUGCGACUAUUCAGCUGCAAAUAAAAACAGUUUGUAUCUUCACAAGAUUAAACAUCAUGGUGACAAGUCCUACAAGUACAAGGACCCAUACGUUUGCGAAGAGUGUGGUUACAGGGUAGCCAAUAAGCAUUACCUAUCCCGACAUAUGAAAAGACAUAGAGGUAAAAACCCAUUCGUUUGUGGACAGUGUGGGUACAGGGCGUCUGUACUGUCCGCACUAUCCCAACAUAUGAUGACACAUACAGGUGAAAAACCCUACAAGUGUGACCAUUGCGACUAUUCGUCAGCGAGUAAGUCUAGUCUAGACGUGCACACCAAAACGCACACCGGCGAAAAACCCUACAUGUGUGGGGAGUGCGGGUACAGGGCCGCUCAACUAUCAACUCUUCGUUCACACAUGAGAAGGCACACAGGUGAGAAACCUUACAAAUGUGACCUGUGCGACUAUUCAGCUGCUCAGAAAAGCAGUUUAUAUCUUCACAAAGCCAAACACCAUGGUGGAUACCAGUCGACUCAGAGAUCGUCUCUUCUUCAGCAUUUAGAAGAGCAUAGUGGUGAAAACUCCUGCAAGCGUGAUCCGCCCAAGGUUUCUGGUUCAACUAAAAACGACAAGAUUGCACACGCCAAUGAGAAGCCAUACAUGUGCGGAGAGUGCGGAUUGAGGACAACUGACGGACCGUCCCUAUCCCAACACAUGAAAUUCCAUGCUGGAGAAAAAGCCUACAAGUGUGACCAGUGCGAGUUUACAGCUGCACGGAAAAGAAGUUUAGACCUUCAUUUGCUCGAACACGAAGGUCAGAAGCCCUACAUUUGUGGGCAAUGCGGGUACAGGACAACUAAGAAGUCUGCACUAUCCAAACAUUUGACAAUCCACACAAAGCCUUACAAGUGCGAUAAAUGUGAGUAUUCUGCAGCACUGAAACGGAGUUUAAACGUACACGUCGCAAUGAAACACACGGGUGAGAAACCUUACGCUUGCGACUUGUGUGACUACUCGACAGCAUACGAAGUGUAUCUGAAACAGCACAAGUUCACGCAUACCGGAGAGAAGCCAUACAAGUGUAAGCAAUGUGACUAUUCUGCUUCAUGGAAAAGCAGUUUAGACGAUCACAUGCUCAAACACACCGGUGAAAAGCCCUACAUGUGUGGCGAAUGCGGGCACAGGGCACGUAGAAAGCGUCACCUUGACGAACAUAUGAGAAUUCACACGGGUAAAAAACCCUACAAAUGUGACAAAUGUGAUUUUUCUACAGCUCGAAGAGGCUGUCUGUACAUCCACAAACUCAGACACUCGAGCAAGAAACGCUUCGCCUGUGACAAGUGCAGAUUCAAGACAACCGCAAAGGCUUACCUAAUAAAACACAUGAGGACACAUAGUGGUGACAAGCCAUACAAGUGUGAACUCUGCGACUAUUCAGCUUCAAGGAAGGACAAUCUGAACCAACACGUUCUUGUGCACACCAAGGAGAAACCCUACAAAUGUGACCACUGCGACUAUUCUACUGCACGGAAGGACAGUUUAACCAACCAUUUGGCUAAACACAAUGACAAUUAAAUCCACAGUACUGAAAGGCAAUAUAGAGAGAUCUUAUCGAAAAGAGACAUCGUUUGCUUAUUUCAUAACGGAGGUUUGUUGCAACUUCAUAAAUGGCAAAAUAGACUUACUUAAGAAAACGUUUUGCCUGUAAUGUGCAUAUGUCAUUCCGAAAAUAACACUGAUUUUUCGUAAACAUUUCGACUGGAAAAAACGGCAAUUGUGUACUGUUGAGAAGCUAGUCAUAUGCCUGUCGACUGC